CUCGACUCCACUUCCUCAAACUGCCAGCCUGCACACACUCAGCCAACAACACACACACCCUCCCCCUCCCCCUGACUAGGAAACGAAACCGAGCUCCAGCUCAACACCGGCGUGUGUGAGUGUGUGUAGCCAAGGCCCGGUGCUGCUGUGGCCUAAUGGCAGCUUUGAGGAGCGGACCAGGAGCGACAGGACCCCGGCGGAAAGGACUCCCUGCAUUGGCCACCCUCCUCACGGUGCUGCUCACCUGCUGCGUCAGGUGCUCUGCACAGACCGACAAACCGAGCAACAUCAUCCUCAUCCUCGCUGACGAUCAAGAUGUUCAUCUGGGGGGGAUGACCCCCAUGAAGAAAACUAAAGCCUUAAUAGGAGAAGCAGGAGCAACAUUUGUGAAUGCUUUCACCGUCACGCCGCUGUGCUGUCCCAGCAGGAGCAGCAUUCUGACCGGUCAGUACCCCCACAACCACGGGGUGAGGAACAACUCACUAUCAGGGAACUGCUCCAGCAUUCAGUGGCAGAAAGGCCCCGAGUCCACGGCCUUCCCAGUCUACCUCAACAAGCAGAAGUACCAGACGUUCUUCGCUGGGAAAUAUCUCAACCAGUAUGGUAAAAAAGAUGAAGGAGAGGUUGGUCAUGUUCCACUGGGCUGGGACCAGUGGCAUGCAUUGGUGGGGAACUCGCAGUACUACAACUACACACUGUCAGUCAACGGCAAAGAGGAAAAGCAUGCAGACAGUUAUGAACAGGACUACUUCACCGACCUGAUCGUAAGUACUGAGUCCAAUGACUUGUGCAUGAACCCGGUCUGUGAUCAGCACUAUUUCAUGCAUUGAGACAUCUAUAGGGACAAUUAUGUAAGGAUUUCUACGAAGAAAAAAAGAGUGUUCACCUAAAAACUGUC